AAGAGAGAGAGAGAGAGAGUGGGAGAGAGAGAGAGAGAGAGAGAGUGGGAGAGAGAGAGAAAGAAAGAGAAAGAGAGACAGAAAGCUUCCUCGAGACCGGCGUGACUUGGAGUGCGCGAGAAGAAAUCAAAAGAAAAGGAAGAUCUUGUUUAAGGGAAUACGCAACGCGGCCGGCUAUACGAAAUAACGUAUCGUUGACCCAGUUUGUUGGGGGCAAAAGCAAUUAGACGUUCGCGCUGUUCUACCGCGCGUCAGAGGGAAAGAGAAAGACGAUGUAGGAGAGGAUUCGUUUGGUCGAUCGUCUAAAUCAGUUGUCGAAUUUUAAGAAGGGGUGAAAGGGGUUCGUCGGGGAAAAAGGUUCGUCGGUCAUAGUGGAGCAACCGGGGGUCCACAAUGCCCCCCAUAAUAGGGGAAACACUACGCGUGUGGUUCCUUUCGGCGUUGGUGGUCCACGGUGCGGUCGCCGGAAAUCCGGACGCGAAACGUCUCUACGACGAUUUGCUGUCGAACUACAACAAGUUGGUACGACCAGUAGUCAACACGUCCGACGUGCUGCGCGUGUGCAUCAAACUUAAACUCUCGCAGCUCAUCGAUGUGAAUCUGAAGAAUCAGAUCAUGACGACGAAUCUGUGGGUGGAACAGUCAUGGUACGACUACAAGCUACGAUGGGAGCCGAAGGAAUAUGGCGGAGUUCACAUGUUACAUGUGCCCUCGGAUCACAUAUGGCGACCCGACAUAGUACUCUACAACAACGCGGACGGCAACUUCGAGGUGACCUUGGCCACGAAGGCCACCAUCUACCAUCAAGGAUUGGUCGAGUGGAAGCCCCCGGCCAUUUAUAAGUCAUCCUGCGAGAUCGACGUGGAGUACUUCCCAUUCGACGAGCAGACCUGCGUCCUCAAGUUCGGUUCGUGGACCUAUGACGGCUUCAAGGUCGAUUUACGGCACAUGGAUGAGAAGUCCGGAAGUAACAUUGUGGAGGUUGGAGUUGAUCUUUCAGAAUUCUACAUGUCGGUUGAGUGGGAUAUACUAGAAGUGCCUGCAGUACGAAACGAGAAAUUUUAUACGUGCUGCGACGAACCUUAUCUCGAUAUUACAUUCAACAUAACGAUGAGAAGGAAAACUCUUUUCUAUACCGUCAACAUCAUCAUACCAUGCAUGGGGAUCUCAUUUCUUACUGUUCUGACAUUUUAUUUGCCAAGUGACAGUGGAGAAAAGGUGACCCUCUCUAUAUCAAUCCUCAUCAGUCUUCACGUGUUUUUCCUCUUGGUCGUUGAGAUUAUUCCGCCAACGUCGUUGGUCGUGCCAUUGCUUGGGAAGUACCUGAUAUUCGCCAUGAUACUCGUAUCGAUAAGUAUAUGCGUAACCGUCGUCGUCCUUAACGUCCACUUCCGGUCACCGCAAACGCAUCAGAUGGCGCCAUGGGUGAAAAGAGUCUUCAUCCACAUUCUUCCGCGUUUAUUAGUGAUGAGAAGACCUAUGUACAAAUUCGAGACGAACAGGUACACAUCUGGCAGAGUACUGAUGAGAACGGUAAGAGGGAAGGAGAAGACUUGCUAUUACCCUUAUCAUCCGUCUACUCACGAGGAGAGCGAGGAACAUUUUACACCUAAGAGGUUCCACAGUCGGCCACCUUCCAAAGAGGAUCUCUCGCCUUCGAGUCUAACGGACGGUGCGAGAUUCGGUGGAAGCUGCCUGAUCCAUGGACCACCUUUACCACCCCUUCCCAUUCGUGGCGAGUGCGAGGAUCUUUCGGUUCCUGGCGAGGCAGGAAUCGAGGAGGUUAAAAGUCCGGUAUUAAGAAAUCCACCGACUUUUUCACAUUCACGUUGCCCACCGGAAAUUCACAGAUCCUGUAUCUGCGUACGAUUCAUCGCGGAACAUACCAAAAUGUUGGAGGAUUCAACCAAGGUGAAGGAGGAUUGGAAAUACGUGGCGAUGGUCCUAGACAGAUUAUUCCUUUGGAUCUUCACACUGGCCGUUCUGGUCGGCACAGCUGGAAUUAUAUUACAAGCACCAACGUUGUACGACGAUCGUGUCCCGAUCGACAAGAAAUUCAGUGAAUUCGCAACGACGACAGUGGUAAAGUGUCCGCCCCAAUAGUCCAUGCCCGAGCCCUGCACCGUAGAGAAAAACUAAAGGGCCGACGACGUAGACUUCGGUAGACUUCGUCGAUUCUCCUUCCUGGCCUUUUAGGAGUCUCCGAAAUAUCUUCCAACCUUGAUCCUCGGUCUCCACCAUUUCUUACGGCGAUAGGGCUCGAUUUAUCGUCGAACGUAACGACGAUAACUGUGGAACGUUUUUAAGUGACUAACAUCCAUACGCGAGAGAAGCACAUCCGCACGUGUGAACUUUCUCUCUCUCUCUCUCUCUCUCUCUCUCUCUCUCUUCCUCUCUUUCUGUCUUUCUUUCUCUCUUUUUGUACUCUCUUUCUCUCUGCCAUUCAUUAACGCAGUUACUACUCACUCAUUUCAUUCAUUCCUUUCAUUUUGUACUCUUCCAUUUCCAAACACAUUCGAUCCAUCGAUCCGCAGGAUCCAUCAUCGUCCAUCGAAUGGAAAUUCUACUUUUCUCGCGAGGUACGUAUGACAGCGUUGAUUUAAAGAAAUGAAAAGAAAUGAAAGAAAGAAAGAAAGAAAGAAAGAAAAAAGAAAGGAGAAAGAGAAGAAAAAGAAAAAGAAGAUGACGAAGAAUGACGAAUAAACUAUUCGAUAGUAAUAGUAAUAAUUAUACGAGAAAAGAAAAGAGAGGGUGAGAAAGAGACACGUAUCACUACUUAUACGUAGCGUGCUCGUGUAAAGCGUUAAUACGAAGCUGCCACUUAAUUAUUCGAGUAAAUUAACAGCGAGCUACUUUAAACGGUACUAUAGUAUUAUAUUAGCGAGCCCACAAGUGUCAUCUCGCUCUACCAAUUGUUCUCGACGUCUCCCCGAGAAAUGAUUUACGAUGAGAGGAGGCGCUUUUGAGAAUCCGACGAGAGGACGAAGCGAUAAUGAUAAACGGACUCCAACGUUAAUGAUUAUUAUGUUUUAUACGCCGAAACACGCGCGACACACGAGAAAUUAAUAUAUAUAUAUAUAUUAUAUUAUAUAUAUAUAUAUAUUAGAAAUAAAUCAAUAUUGUAUAACACGACUUAGCUAGCUCGUUGUAAUUGUACACGAACACAAUAGGGUGUAACUCAUUUCAACUGUAUCCGGUUAUUCUCGUAAACGUUUAGGGACGUAUCCGUUUGUACGAAUUAUACAUGAAUAAAUAAAUACAUAAAUAAAUACAUAUAUACGAUGCAAGCAUACAUAUUACGUAUAUCGUACGUUUUAAGAAAAUAAUCGAGACAAGAAUAACGAGCUGCACCGCGAUUUUCUUUAUUGUUUUGACGAUUUAAAAAGAACAAAAAAAAAAAAAAAAAAGAAAAAGCAAAGAAAGGAUAAAUUUUCGAUAUCAAUGAAAUCUCUCACGUUUAUAUCGAUAAUCGCGGUGCAAGAUAAUAUAACUAUUCCUUGUUCUCGUAUUUUAUAAGAAAGAAAGAAGAGAGAGAAAGAGAAAGAACGAAUCGGAUGCAAUGCGCGAAGCAAGCAUUAGAGUAAAGAUAACCGAUUAUAGUACGGUAAGAACAAGUAAAGCAUACGAAUUCUAAAGCUGAUAGUUGUAGACAAAUUGAACGAACGUUCACUACCGUUGUUCAAUACCGUAGUUUCGUGGUCGAUGUCACAGUGAGUCGUCGUUCAUAAUUUGUUUUUUUUUUUAGCUGAUCACAUACACAAACA